ACCCACGACCGGCGGACGGACAAAUGGCUUUAGCUGCGCUGCGGCUGAAAAGAGAAGCUCGAGUUGUUAACACAUAUGGGAGCGACACGAUUUAAAGCUAAAAGAACGUCGCCCGGACUUUGUGCUAAGUUAUCAAACUGGGCUUUUGUUAUCUACUUUUAAAUAGUCAUGGUUUCCGUCGACAAUGUCGCUCACAAAGUUCUCAGUUUCAUUCCAUAUGUUCUUGUUUUGAUAGAUUUGCGAUACGAAGGAGUGAAAUGCGGCCGGGACGGGAGUGUGGAGAAUCAUAUGGAGAUGGGGAAGAAGCUGCUCGCUGCUGGACAGCUGGCUGAUGCGCUCUCUCAUUUCCACGCUGUUGUGGAUGGAGAUCCAAAUAACUACUUGGCCUAUUACAGGAGAGCGACAGUGUUUCUGGCCAUGGGGAAGUCCAAGUCUGCACUUCCAGAUUUGAGCAGAGUCAUUGAACUCAAACCAGACUUCACAUCUGCGAGGCUCCAGAGAGGAAAUCUCCUACUAAAGCAGGGGAAAUUGGACGAAGCGGAGAGUGACUUUAAGAAGGUGCUGAAAUCCAACCCCGCUGACAAAGAAGAGAAGGAAGCCCGGAGUCAGCAGACAAAGUCAGAUGAAAUUCAGCGACUGGUUGCUCAGGCUCACAGUGCCUUCAAAAACAAAGAUUACCUGACGGCUGCUGGAUAUCUGGAGACCAUCAUUGAAACUUGUGUUUGGGAUGUGGCCUCCCGCGAGAUGCGGGCAGAGUGUUUUAUAGAGAUGGGAGAGACGGGGAAGGCCAUUGGCGACCUUAAAGCGGCUUCCAAGUUAAAGAAUGACAACACGCAGGCCUUCUUCAAGCUCAGCACUAUUUACUACAACCUUGGAGAUCAUGAGAUGUCCCUCAAUGAGGUGCGUGAGUGCCUGAAGCUGGAUCCUGAUCACAAACAGUGUUACGCUCAUUACAAACAAGUCAAGAAGCUGAGCAAACAGAUCCAGUCUGCAGAGGAGCUGAUCCAGGCUCAGAGGUACGAAGACGCAGUCAGUAAAUAUGAAGCGGUGAUGAAGACGGAGCCCAAUGUGCAGGCUUUUUCUCUUCUCGCUAAGGAGCGCAUCUGCCACUCUCUGGCACAGAGCCAGCAGGCCAGCAGAGCUAUCACAGUGUGCAGCGACGUCCUGCAGGGGGACCCACAGAACGUCCGCGCACUGAAGGACAGAGCUGAGGCCUACAUCCAGGACGCACUCUACGAGGAAGCCAUUAAGGAUUAUGAGACGGCCUCAGAAUACAGUGAGAAUGAUCAUCAGAUCAAAGAAGGGCUGGAGCGAGCUCAGCGGCUCCUCAAACAGUCUCAGAAGAAGGACUAUUAUAAGAUCCUAGGAGUGAAAAGAACUGCCAGGAAAAAGGAGAUUAUCAAAGCCUAUAGGAAACUGGCACAGCAGUGGCACCCGGACAAUUUCCAGGAUCCAGAGGAGAAGAAAAAAGCAGAAAAGAAAUUCAUCGACAUCGCUCAGGCCAAAGAGGUUCUUACUAAUCCAGAGAUGAGGACUAAGUUUGACCACGGGGAGGAUCCCAUGGAUCCAGAGACCCAGCAGGGACAUCACUUCCACGGAGGCUUCCACAGCUUCCAGGGCUUCAACCCGUUUGGCUCGGGGCCCUUCAACUUCAAAUUCGGCUUCAACUGAAGUAGCUGUGAUCCAGCAUGGUUGGAGUGGAUUUUGGAAUUUGUCCCUAUUUAACAGGGAAAGCUCUGGCAGAAACGAUGCCAGUUUAUACCGUAAGUGUCUCCAAAAAAAAAAAAAAAAAAAAAAAAUGAGGGCACAAAUAAUCCAGUGACUCAAAUUAAAGAUGCUUCUUUGUGGUUAAAGGGUACAGCUUUUGGAGAAAGUCUGUUGCUGUGCGAAUGAAUUUGUGCACACUGCUGCACUGCUUUUUAAGUUGAUGGUGAUUCCAAAGUGACAGAUGUCCCCCCCCCCCUUCUUUUGUACAUGCUACAAGUCACAACCUUUACCAUUGAAGUUGUACAUAGUUACAGCACUAUUUUUUAUAUAAAUUAAGUUCUUCUGAACUGUAAAUAAAAAAAAAAAGAAGCUAUUUAUGUACUUUGAACUGAGGA